ACAGAUCAAUAUCAGAAAUGACAAUGGCACAAGUACCAGACAUGGAAUCCGAUCUAAUGGACAAUAACAGUGACUACGAAGAAAGUUUUUAUGACAAUGUUUACUGCGACACUAAGAAAAGCUUUCAUGAUUCCCACUGCUUCUCUGGACCCAGCAGUUGCUCUGGGUACACCCCAGAAAAAGAUUCUGUGUUCUCAUUUAGGAAAGCCGUAGUUCUAGUGGUGGCUAUCGAUAAACUAAGAAAAAGGAUAAACUGCCACCGAGACUUUAAAGACACAGAUUUACUCAACCUGUUUAACACCAUUUUUGUGCAAGAGGAUAUUCCUUUUGAGACCUCAAGCAGCACCUUUGCAUCCAAUGACCAGUACAAAUAUGCAAUAUCAAAAGAAUGCUGCAUUAGAGAUUCUUAUAAUAAGUCCAUGGCAUUGCUGCAAUCUUCUGGGAAGGCCAGGCUUGUGGCCAUUUACCUACAAGAGUUAAACAGCGAGAGAGAAGAGAAGAUAAUUAUGAAUGUUUACGUUAAACAAAGUGUGAGUGGAAUCAAUAAGCGACCUGUUACGCUAGGACUCGUGGGGCGCAAUUUAUACCUGUCAUGCAGCUCUGUAGAAGGUGAACCAAAGCUGUAUUUAGAAAAGGUCAGUGACAUUAAAGAAGUAAAACAAGAUGAAUUACAACGUUUCAUCUUCCUGAAGUCUGAAAAUGAUGCAACAUGCACCUUCGAGUCUGCGGCUUGCCCCGGCUGGUAUAUCAGCACUUCUCAAGCUGAAAAUGAAUUGGUCCAGAUGAAGCCUGAAGCUGAUCAAAGAUAUAUCAGAGAAUUCUUAGUCCUUUCCUAG